GAGUCUGGAUUGCCAUCCGCUAUUGCUGCUUCAUAAGUCAUUGAUUUCUCUCACCUCGUUCUCAUAGGAUGUGUACAUCUCUUAACGAUUGAAUUAUAUAUCUUCUUUGUGCAGUUUGAAAAUUUAACCAUGUUUACCAAGCCAAAAUUAACGUUUAAAUAUAUUUCAAAAUAUAAUAAUACUCUAUCAAAAUAUAAUACUUUUUCAGAAUAUAAUACUUUAUCAAAAUAUAAAACUAUAGCCAAAAAUUUAACAUACCCUCAAGGCUCUAACACAUGCGUGUGGAAGCAGAUCUUCUCAGACAAGGAGCGCGAGAAUAUGACACAUGGUCUGUUCUACGUCGCUGUCGUGUCGACAUUAUGUGCUGUCUGGAUGUGGAGUAGAACCAAUACGGCUAUUUAUCAACGUCUUUCCAAUAAAAAGAGCUAUGACGUACUUCGACUUUUCUUUCUGGGCACGCUGCUAAAGAACCUCGUGGGCUUGGCAUCUUACAACAUGGAUGACAAUAAAUUCAAGAGACUUCCAAAAGUCAGAUUUUUCGAGUCAUGCAAGGUGUAUGGUAUCCUAUACAACUUCUUCAAUUUUUUCGAACUGGAAGCCCUGACUUUCAGCUGCGUGGAGCGAUAUGUAUACACCAAGUAUAUUGUAUAUGGUUGGCCACUGAAAAGUUUCACCUAUUCUAUUUACGGAACUUUUAGCUUUAUUAACGCGAUCUUUUACGCAUUUCUUCCAAUGGUUGGCUUCGGAAGUUACGGAUACGACUACAAUUGCCUAUUUUGCACCAUAAGCUUGAUUGAACUUGAAGAGUACCGCGGUGUCGUACAUUUCAUAAAAACCGUUAAGCCAGUGUCUGUGUUCUACGUGAUUAAAAUGAUCGUUACGCUGGCCGUUGUUCAGUACUUGUACAAUAAACUUCGUCGCCAAAUAAAUGUUAAACGCGGAUUAUUGGCAGAUGCAUUUUUUACGACGACGGUGAAGUGUAUUUUGGUGGUGAAUUUUAUUUUCUGGGCACUUCCGUACAUGCUACGAUGUGAAACAGUACUCUCCCAGUUCAUUAACCCGAGGAUCGUUGAAUCUCAUACAGAUUAUAUGAUUUCCUGGGGUUGGUUCAUGUCGCAGCUGGCACCGAUUGCAACAGCAGCCGUGUUACUUAUAGAAGAAUGGAACUCACAAAAUGAACUUAAGGAAGUCCGUACCUGUGUUGAUACAAUCCAUGUCCGUAAGUAAAUGAUAAGAUCAUCAAAUUUGCUACAGACUAUGAAGAAACCAUUCUGAAGUUUUUGAAAUCUAGAUAUAUAGCGUUAAGGAAAUAUUCGGAAUGCAUGGUAAAAUGAUUAAAACAAUAUAAUUAAAAAAACUGUAUAGGCGUACCGUUUAGUCCGUUUAGUAACUGUUGUAUCAUACUUAUUGAAAAUUUCUGUAUUUUCUACGUACAAACUGCCCUAAUAAAAAAACACUGUAAUAUUUAAACAGCAUUUUGAGAAAAAGUUGCGUAAACAAUUUUUCUACAUCUGUACUAUAAUCUGUCAAUUAUAAUUUCAUAAACCAUAUCACAAAAGCGCUCUUUUUAAUUCUAAAUCAAAAUUCUAUUGUUCAUGGUACUCGCUACGGAACUGA